AUGUUGUAGUGGUUGUAGUAUGUUACCGGAAGUAUACCUGUAAACAACAGUGAGAAAAUUCUAAACUGCUUGUGUUUGUUACAUCAAGUGGUAGAAACGUGGAAUAUCGGUAAAUGCUUGUCUAAUCUGCUCAGACAUGAGCGUCUCUUUGGAUAUUAAAUUAAAAAGAGCCAACAAGGUGUAUCAUGAGGGGGAAACUGUGGCUGGUGUCGUCAUGUUGUCGUGUAAGGAGGCCAUGCAGCAUCACGGCAUUUCUCUGAGCAUGGAGGGGAUUGUGAACCUGCAGCUGAGCUCCAAGAGCGUGGGUGUCUUUGAGGCUUUCUACAACUCCGUCAAGCCCAUCCAGCUGAUCAACAGCAACAUCGAGGUUGCCAAGGCUGGAAAAGUCCCUGGAGGUAAAACUGAGAUCCCCUUCGAGUUCCCUUUGCACACAAAAGGCAACAAAGUGCUCUAUGAGACCUACCAUGGCGUCUUUGUCAACAUCCAGUAUUCUCUACGCUGUGAUCUGAAGCGCUCCCUGCUGGCCAAAGAUCUGAGCAGGACCUGUGAGUUCAUCGUCCACUGUCAGCCUCAGAAAUCUAAAGUUGUUCCCACUCCGGUCAACUUCACCAUCACUCCUGACACCCUGCAGAACACGCGUGAAAAGAGUUCUCUACCGAAGUUUCUCAUCAGAGGCCAUUUAGACGCCACCAAUUGUGUGAUCAGCCAACCGCUGACGGGAGAGGUGGUGGUGGAGAACUCGGAGGUCCCCAUCAAGAGUAUUGAGCUGCAGCUCGUUCGGGUGGAGACCUGCGGCUGUGCUGAAGGUUACGCCAGAGACGCCACAGAAAUCCAGAACAUCCAGAUAGCUGAAGGUGAUGUCUGCCACGGCCUCUCCAUCCCCAUCUACAUGGUGUUUCCUAGACUGUUCACCUGCCCCACCCUGGAGACCACCAACUUUAAAGUGGAGUUUGAAAUCAACGUCGUUAUUGUGCUUCAUGACGAUCAUCUGAUCACAGAGAAUUUCCCCCUAAAGCUUUGCAGAGUCUGAACAUCUCGCCUGAAUCCACAAUGGAGAUUCUGGAUCUUUAGCAGGAAGUUCGUCCUGACUAAAUCCAAAAUGAAGAAAACUUUGAAGAGACAUUUUUCUGUCAUUCCACUUUGUGACUUCAAAUGUGCAAUAGUGAUAAAUCAGCACUUCAAACUGCAAAUGUUUGAAAUACUUCCCUAAUUUUUUACGUUUUUUUGUAAAGAGCAAAAUAAACUUUAACCUGCAAGACUCUGAAACGAA